UUGUUCUUAUUGGAAGGAUUUCUUCUGAUACACGUACAGCUAAAAAGUGCAACAAUGCCUGGAAAGAAAGGAGGGAAGAAGGGGGGAAAGAAGAGAAAGCAGAUGACUGAAGAGGAGAGAGUGCUCUUCAUGCUGCAGAAGGCUCAGGCUGAGAAAGCACUUGCCAAAUUAAAAGAAGAUCUGCGCAUGCAGCUCCUUAAGGAUUUUGUGCAGAAAGAGGAGCAGAACAGCAAAGCUAACCUCUACAAGGUGAACCGAAAGUGGCUUUCGUACAUGCGCCAGACUCGGGUGGCCGAGCUCCAAGAAGAUUUUAAGAUCCUCAGGCAAACUUUUGAAAGAGUUUUAGACUUGAAAAACAAUGCAAUCAGGGUAUUGGUCCGUCACCUGAGCGAACAGGAGCAGCAGUCGACAAUGGCUCGCGGCGCUCAUCUACAGAAACUGGAUAAUCUCCUGGAGGUACAGAAAAAACAACUGGACGCAAUAGAGCCACACUGGAACAAAGGUCUCAAACUAAUCAGUACUGAGUUCAACAGGACAAAACUUUGCAUGCUGCAUAAGCAGGAGACCGAGUACCUGGAAGCAGCUAGACUUGCCUUAGAACGGCGCUAUGAUGAAAUAACCACAGAGGCCGUACUAGAGUGUCGGAGUAUACGUGAGGACAUCGAACUUGAGCAAAACAAAAGUAAGCAAGCAGUGGAAUGCACUGCAAAGGAGCUGCGGCAGGGCUACAAACAAGAACUGCAGCAGUACACAGAAGCCAUUGCAGAGCAAGAGGAAAAAGCUUCCGGUUUGCCUUGUUAUGACCAAGAUUUGCAGAUGAGGCAAAUAAUGCAGAUAAGGCACAUAAAGAACCUUGAGGAGACAAAUGAUGCUCUGGAGACCCAUCUGAGUUCCAGUCAGAUGGAGAGUGAGACACAUGUGUCUAGAAUUCAGGCAGAAUGUGAGAAAGUUAGACAGAAACUGCAACAGCUGAGAGCCGAGCUCUGCACCGCCCAGGCAACCGAAAGGACACGUCUCGCUAAUCAGACAACCUACAUCAAUGAGACAAUUAAAAGACUUGAGGAUAUUAUGAGCAAGGGAGAGAGGUUGUUACGUCUGACUGAAAUGUGCCGUAAGCAUGAAAUAGAGCCUAAGAUGGUGCUUCCCUUUUACACGCUGACUUUAAAUGCUGAGGAAGUGAGUCAGGACAGAGCACGUGCUAUGGAGGCAAAGUCUGAAGAGCUGGCACAGGCAAUGGCGGACAGCACUGACCUAAAAAAAUUCUGGCAACGUCACAACAAGGUUCAACUUGAAUGUUUUUGCUUAGAACGAGUGAAGAGGGGUCUAGAACUGGAGAACGAGCAACUGGUCAGGUUGAUCUUGGAGAGUCAUAGGAAUGAAGAAGAAAGUAAGCUGAAGAGGAUGCAGGAGAAUAAAGAGGUCAGGAAUAAAAAUAUCCUGGUGCGAAGAAUGAAUGCCGAAACUCCAAGCAGCAUUUGCUCAUCCCAGGAGCUGAAGACGAUAAAGGAGAACUUCAUAGUGCUCGACAGACAUAGUGACCAUAAACCAGAUGUGAGAGCAAUAUCCCAACACAAGAACUGUUAAACCUAACAUAACAUAUAUCUGUUAUUCACUUUACCAACGGAUGAAGUAGGAGCUGUGUCAUUCAGCAUG